AUGGCUCUGCUGAAUCACCUGAAUCUACUAUCCAGUGCCGUGCGCCGGACAGUGUUCGGAAAUGUUAAAUCAUUCCACCAGACAGCUGCACUGUGCAAGGUGGAGGACCGUAAGGCAAUGCUUGCUUCCCUACCGAGCAAAGAUGAGGGAACCAUUGGCGAACGUUCGAUUGACAUUGAUUCCAUGAUCGACAAAAAGACAAGCAUAUUUCCCGAUGGCAACACCCCGACCGCACUGUUCAACGGGGUGCCGUUCAACGAGAUACCGAUAUGCCACAUUCGAGUAUCGCCGAACAACACAAUCAUUUCGAUUACGGAUGCUAAGGGUGUACCGCAGUUUAUCCGUUCGUGCGGUAUCGAGGGCUUUAAAAAUACACGCAAAGGCACAAACAUUGCAGCGCAGGCCACCGCCAUCAGCAUCAGUACGAGGGCGAUCGAACGAGGCUAUAAGACGGUUCGCGUGACGGUCCGGGGACUCGGACCGGGACGAAUGUCUGCUAUCAAGGGACUUGAAAUGGCUGGAUUGAACAUAAUUUCGAUUACGGAUACGACACCAGUGUCAUGGAAUCCACCCCGGCCCAGAAAGCAAAGAAAGCUGUAA